AUGAUUGCAGCUCGCUUUUCCGCACACUUGUUCCUCAUGGCAACUGCUGCUGCCAUUGCGCCAGCCCAAGGCUGUCCCUACCUCCUUCGUAAUCUCCAGACAAUGAAGGGACGAGGAAGGGGUCGUGGCGGCGGUGGAGGAGGAGGUGGUGGUGGAGUCCGUGGCGGUGGCGGCGGUGGCGGUCGAGGGGGCGGCGGCGGUGGCGGUGGCAGUGAAGCCUAUGUUCAAGAGCUUCUUGACAACCAUGAAUUGGUUGACCGAGAAGUGUUCCAUCACGACGAUGGAUCCAUCACCACCAAGACUUUUUCUGACGAUCCGCAAGUUGCAGCCUGGUUGCAAGCCCAUGUAGCCUCAAUGAAGGCUCGAGUCGAUGGAGGCAUGCGUGUUCGCAACUGGGACCCAUUUUUCGCUGCCAUGGUGGAGCAUCACGACGAAACCUCGGUCGAGCUCAGCAACUUGAGCAAUGGUGUUCAAGUGGAGUUGAGUGCUUCCACAGACUGUGGACAAUCAUUGAUCGAGGCUCACACAGAAGUUGUUAGCUUGUUCGUGGAGACUGGAAGAGAAGAGGCCUCCAAACCCCAUGAUGUGCCAGAUACAUGCAAGGCUUAA